UGGUGAGAACCACCAUUACAAAUGAGACGGUGUAAACAUGUCCCAGCAGCCAAGACCAUAUAAGCACCAAGAAAGCAGAUACUAUUUUUCUAGGAGAACAAGUGGACAUGGACACACGCUUCUUCUCUCCUCGACUCGCCCUGAAGGAAAUGCCCGUGAGGAUAACUCUUUAAAAACCAUCAUGAUCUGGAGGAACUUGGCUUUGGGCAGCCCAAGGACUGAUGUAACCCUCUUUAACUCCACCUGCGACCGCAGAAGAUGACCGAGAUCAUGUGGCCAAACCCAUCAGAUUGCGAUACAUAGCAGCUGAGCGUAUAAAAAGCGCGUCGCCGGUCCGCGGGGGCUGUCAGUCUGUCACAGAGUGGCUGCUUUUCAUUUGGGAUUUAAGACUUAAGAUCAUAUUUCAAAAGCAUGUCUCACUGUUGGGGAUACGGUCCCAAACAUGGACCCGCGGAGUGGCACCGGGAGUUUCCUAUUGCCAAUGGUAACCGGCAGUCCCCCAUCGACAUCGUCCCCAGCCAGGCGCACCACGACCCGGCGCUGAAGCCGCUCAGCCUCCAGUACGACCCCAAGACCACCAUAGACAUUCUCAACAACGGACACUCCUUCCAGGUGGACUUCGCUGAUGGCACCGACAGCUCAACUCUGAAGGGGGGACCUGUCUCUGGGACAUACCGGCUCCGCCAGUUCCACUUCCACUGGGGGGCCAAUGACCACAAAGGAUCUGAGCACACAGUAGCUGGGAAAAAGUACGCCUCCGAGCUCCACCUGGUGCACUGGAACACCAAAUACCCCAGCUUCGCGGAGGCUGUGACCAAGCCUGACGGACUGGCCGUGGUGGGAGUCUUCCUCAAGAUCGGUGCCCCCAACAACCAUCUCCAGAGAAUUCUGGAUGCUCUGAGUGCCAUCAAACUCAAGAACAAUCAGACCGCAUUCUCCAACUUUGAUCCCAAAAUACUUCUUCCUGGCUCCCUGGACUUCUGGACCUACGACGGGUCCUUGACCACGCCCCCCCUGUAUGAGAGCGUCACAUGGAUCGUCCUGAAGGAGCCGAUCACCGUGAGCUCCAGCCAGAUCGCACACUUCCGGAGCCUUCACUCCAACGCCGAGGGAGAGCCAUCCUGCUGCAUGGUGGAGAACUUCCGUCCCCCCCAGCCCCUCAAGGGCCGCGUGGUCCGCGCCUCCUUCAAGUGAACACAGCGUCUGCCACCAGCCUGACCCCGCCCCCCCCCGACCCAGAAGUAAACAAACUACUCAGUCUGUCCAUUAUAAGUAACAAAAACGCAGAACUAGUACCACACUUGCUCGUCUUCAUGACUCCCAGUCUGCAGACCUCGCACCCCCAUCCUUAUCUGCAGAGACCUUUUACUUUCAUCUAGUCCCACAAGGCCGCCACUAAUUCUGAAGAAACGCCAUCCGACGCCGACUCCGUCUUGCCCCUCAGCUGUCAGGUUCCACCUGCCUUUUUUUCCGGAAAGAUCUCAGCCUGCCGUCUUGCUUCUCAGGGUCUUCGUUUUCAGAGCGUCUGCCACUAGUUGGCAUCAAAUGGCAGCUUGGCUGAAAGAAAUUGAAAUGUGCGGAUUGAUUCUGAAGUUGCAGCCCGCUGAACAGUCAUACUCACUAUCGCUUAGGUCAGCCCGAGUCCCGUGGGGCUUCCCAUGUAACGCAGCUUGCUGCUCUGUGUGUUUCAAGCAUAGCUUUUGAAAAUGAAAAUGUAUAGAUUAUUAUUAUAUAGAGUACAGAAAUAUUUUUCAUGUCGAUUUUUAAAAAUAUUAUAGUUUGUUUUUAAAUAAUGAUGCUUAUAUUAAAGUCUUACCAAGCAACAUUGUUGCACUGGGAGAGGAAGAUUUCCAGUUUUUAGAUGCUGGGAAAGCAGGGAUGAUGAAUCGGGUAAAUAAAAGUAUUUUAAGAAGA